GUCGGCCGCGCGCGUGGCCGCUGCGAUGCUCCCAUGGUGCUGAAGAGCCCUCUCCUUCGUGCAUCGGCCGCGCUGGUGGCUGUGCUCGCGGGGCACCUGAUGUGGAUGGCGGCUGCCUCCAGUGGCCGAUGGUGUGAUCUCGAGGCUGCUCCACGUGUGCGCGGCACGCACAGCCGCAGUGCUGAUGCGAAGCGCCGCCGCCUCCUCAACAGGGUCAAGGUGCUGUCUGCAUGCGAGGCUUCGGAGAAGCAGCAAGCGUUGGCCCGUUCGCCGUCCACGCGGUGCUCACCACGUUCUGCUGCCGCGCCUGCCGCGGUCCCUCGCUCGGCGGCGGCUCCUGCCGUCGCUCCCCCCCGUGCUGAUGACGUUGACCGGCGGCUUCGGGUACGAGGUUUCGGAUUCGCCCGUGUUCACGCAGAUGGAUUUCAGCCGAGCGAUGGGCUUCAAGUUUCAGUCUUCCAGUGGGCCCUAUCGCGUGCGCAGGUUCUCGGACGCGGGUGGCACUCCUGGCGCUGCUUCCGUCGCCCUGGCUGCCGGUCGCGUCUCCAGGCGUGCGCUUCGUUCGCGGCAUCGCCCACUUCUUGCAAUGCAUGCUGAGAGUGCUGUGGAGGAAGACUUCACGCUGGUCUCUGCCUUUUUGGAGCGUGUCAAGGAUGAUCUGCCGCGAGUGGGGAAGAUCUUUUCUGACAAUGUGGCUGCGGAUGGUGAGGCUACUCUCCAUGUCAAUGGUUCGGACCAGGACGAUGACGAAUAUGUUGCCCUUCGGGGAGGAUGCUCUGCUGCGGAUGUGGCUGGUGGAGGUGUAGGUUCGGCGAUUUCGACUGCAGAUGUGGACGGUCCUUCCACGUCGCUAGUGUAUUUGAUUAUGCCGCGGGCGUGGCUGCCACAACGAACGGUAUGGAGGAUGGCAAUGUUGCGGGUCUCGUGGCGAGUGCCUCCUGCCAGUGACACAGACUUGCUGAAGCCCAGAACUGCACGAUUAGGAUUCUCAAUGGUCUCCUUGAGCGAGCGGAGGUGCGUGUUCCCGACGUUGCUUUGCAUCAGCCCACCCCCAUGCAGCUAAUGCAUUGGAGGAUCGGCUAGACUCCCACGCGGAACGAGUUCAACGAAACGACCCAGAAGCUCAAAGUUGGUAUCAUCCCCUGUCUUCGGCAAUUCGUGGAAGACGUUGUCCGCUGCCAUAGCCUACAGGUCAAGGCGGCCCUUCAGUCCACUCAGGAGCCGAUUAUGUCGACUAUCUGGUAGUUGGCUUCCAGCCUUGAAUCUAUCCUUGGUGCGCGAUCCAAUUGACAAUGUUGCCCUGAUGGUCUCCACCACGUAUGGCUGCAACACGAUGCGCAUCUCGGUGAUAGUCGAG